GGGUCAGUGUGUUGUAGAUCCGCUUGAGGAAUAAAUAAAGCAAAACCAGCCACAGACAUGAACGAACAGCAUCUCCGUAUCGUUGCUUUUAUCGUGUUAUGCACUCUCCACCUUGGAAUUCCUCAAAUAUCGUACACCGAAAGCGUCUGCAAACAGAUUCUAGAGGAGGCCAACUUUCGAGAGUGUUGCAAUAUGCCCCGGCUGCUGUCGGACGAAGUCUUCCAGCGCUGUGACAAUCGUACGCUUCCGCCCGUCCCACCAGACGUUCCCGCACCGAUACCCGCCAAUUGCCAGGCCGAGUGUGUGCUGAACGAAACGGGCAUCCUGGUGCACCGUCAGUUCAUGCUGGAGCAGGCGGUUAAGGUGCUGGUUGGCCAGGUCCCGGCCGAUAACGUUAUGUGGAUGCGCGCGUUCGAAGUGGCCGCCCGAAAGUGUUACAAUCUAGUAAUGACAAGAACCUUCUAUCUGCAGGAUGUGGCCAAAAAUUUGAUCUCAUCCCAAUGCAUUCCGACCUCGAUCCGGUAUCUCGAGUGUACUUUUUCGAUCAUUUACCGGGAUUGUCCUGAUGCUUACUGGAACUACAACAACGAGCAGUGUAAAGGCAUUGUGGUAGCGCUGAACAACUGCUACUACCUGUUCCAGCAUGUAUGGAAGAUUUAGCAUUUGAAAACACAAAGCUAGCGUUAAACAAUAUGCCCAACAAGUUGUGUUGUUUUGUUUGCGGUAAAAGAAGAAUAUAUAGAACUAGCGUACAAUGACCGUUACACGCCGCAUUAAAUAGUCGUUAAAAUGCAAUUGGCGACCGCCCCACCCAUCACCAUACCCAAACUAAUAAAUACAAGUUCAA